AUGGCCGCUUCCUCCUCCUCCUCGGCGGCCGCGCUGCACCCGGUCACUCACCUGAUCUUUGACAUGGACGGGCUCCUGCUGGAUACUGAGUGUCUCUACACAAAAGUGUUUGAAGAGAUCUGUGGGCGUUUUGGAAAGGCCUAUAGCUGGGAUGUGAAAUCCCUGGUUCUAGGUAGACAAGCCCCAGAAGCAGCAGAGUUUAUUCAAAAUGCUCUAGAUCUUCCAAUAACCAAAGAAGAAUUAUUAAUGGAGAGUAAAAUGAAGCUGGAGAAGAUAUUCCAUACUGCUGAGUUGAUGCCAGGGGUCAGUAAGCUUAUCCAUCAUUUACACAAACACAAGAUACCCAUAGCUGUUGCCAGCAGCUCGAGUGAAGCAUCAUUUCAGACAAAAAUUACCAAACACAGGGACUUAUUUGGUCUUUUUCAUCAUAUUGUGUUGGGAGAUGACCCUGAGUUGAAGCGUGGCAAGCCACAUCCUGAUCCAUUUUUAAUUUGUGCAAAGAGAUUUCACCCUCCUGUACCACCAGAAAAGUGUCUUGUGUUUGAAGAUUCACCACAGGGAGUCAAAGGAGCCCUGGCAGCAGGAAUGCAAGUAGUUAUGAUUCCAGAUGAAAAAUUAAAUCCAGAUCUUAAAAAGGAGGCAACACUGCUGCUGAAGUCCAUGGAAGAUUUCCAACCAGAACUGUUUGGUUUACCAGCAUAUGAUUGA